AUGAGCAAUGAAGUUCAUUCUUUACAUGUAUUCUUCAUCCCUUUCUUGGCUUAUGGUCAUUUCAUUCCCACCGUUGACAUGGCCAAAAUAUUUGCUGAAAAGGGUGUGAAGGUCACUAUCAUCACCACGCCCCUCAACGCACCUUUCAUCACCAAAACCAUCGGAAAAGCCAAAACCACCAGCAACAUGAUUCAUGUCCAAACGAUCGAGCUCCCAUGUGCCGAGGCUGGUCUACCUAAUGGGUGUGAAAACACUAACUCCAUCACUUCCGGGGCUUUAUUUCCUGCAUUCUUUAAGGCUUGUGGAUUACUACAAGACCCGUUUGAGCAACUAUUGCUUGAGCAACGUCCAAAUUGUGUUGUUGCUGAUGUUAUGUUCCCAUGGGCAACUAAUUCAGCAGCCAAAUUUGGAGUUCUUAGCCUUGUGUACGACGGGACUAGUUUCUUCUCCAUUUGUGCUAACGAGUGCAUUAGACUCUACGAGCCCUACAAGAAUGUUACUUCUGAUUCAGAACCCUUUGUCAUUCCCAACCUUCCGGGGGAGAUUAAAAUGACAAGGAUGCAGGUGUCACCUCACGUCAUGAGUGAUGAAAGUCCAGGCGUGACAAAGUUGCUGGAGGAAGCUAGGGAAUCAGAGUUGAAAAGCUAUGGGAUGGUUGUUAAUAGCUUUUAUGAACUUGAGACGGUUUAUGCAGAUCAUUUAAGGAAGGUUCUUGGAAGAAGAUCAUGGCAUAUAGGCCCAAUGUUUCUUUCCAACAGGGUUAAGGAAGCAAAGGCACAUAGAGGAACGGAGGCAUCUCAUGAUGAGCAUGACCAUGAGUAUCUAAAAUGGCUUGACACAAAGAAACCCAAUUCAGUUGUUUAUGUAUGCUUUGGAACUACCACAAAGUUAACUAAUUCUCAACUUAGGGAUAUUGCUACGGGUCUUGAGGCUUCAGGAGAACAAUUCAUUUGGGUGGUGAGAACAAGCAAAGAAGAUGGAGUUGAAUGGCUACCUGAUAAGUUUGAGGAAAAGAUGGAAGGUAAGGGACUAAUCAUAAGAGGGUGGGCACCUCAAGGAUUGAUUCUUGAGCAUGAAGCAAUUGGAGCAUUUGUGACACAUUGUGGAUGGAAUUCAAUUUUGGAAGGAGUGGUUGCUGGGGUACCUAUGGUAACUUGGCCUAUUGCUUAUGAGCAAUUUUUCAAUGAGAAAUUGGUGACUGAGAUCCUUAAAGUUGGAGUACCUAUUGGAGCUAAAAAAUGGGCUGCAGGAGUGGGAGAUACUGUUAAGUGGGAGGCAGUGGAGAAGGCUGUGAAAAGGAUAAUGAGUGGGGAAGAAGCAGAUGAAAUGAGGAACAAAGCUAAGGUGCUGUCGCAACUGGCUGGGGAAGCUGUGGAAGAAGGAGGUUCUUCUUACUCAGAUUUCAACGCUUUACUUGCUGAGUUGGGUUCACUCACCAACCAAAACAAGUAA